UGGCUGCUUUUUAUAAAAGAAAAAAAUCGCAGAGGGGAGGAUUCUAAAAGCCAAAAGAUCGCCACAAGAAGGUAAAACUAACCAACACUCAUUUAUUAGCUAUAUUGUUUUAUUUUGUGCAAAGCAUAAGGAAAUGCAAUGUGUCAUCCAAAACAUCAAAAACUAUUGAAGUGCAAAAUAUGCUAUCUGUAGUUAUUCGAGCAAAAUAAGCCGUACAAAAAGAUCAGAAAUUGGUGUGAUGCAACUCAAAAAUGGUCUAAAUUUCCCUUAUUUUCCCACCCUAAUCGUAAUGUCUUUUAAUGUAUGUUAUAGUAAUAUCACAAUAAUGGGAAAGAAACUUAGUUUGAGUUGCAUGAAUCUUAAGUAGCAUGUUUUGCAUGUCUGCUCGGUGUUUGUAGGAUUUUUGUAUGCAUGCUUGUCCAAGGCGAGUUCGAGAGCUUAUUGGUUUUUCUUCAUAGGUUGUCAGUGAAAUAUCAAUGCUGUUGAUGCAGCUUCCAAGUCUCCAAGCACUAAGGUCGUUUGUGUCCUUGGAAAGAGGCUUUGCAGUGGCUUCUCACAGAAUGCAGCUCUGACUACUAGAACCUUCAAGAUGUUUACUAAGCAGACUGGUUUACUGAUGUAUUUUUCCUUUAUAAGGAAGUGUUUUUGCAAUAACAUUUGACCCUUUUUUGGGGAAACAAUUCAGAUUUAGUCUUAUUUUCACAUGAAAAUAAAGUGCUUAACUAUCAACUGUGUAUUUUUCAUUGAUACAUUUAAUUACUAAUUUCAAUUUGACCUUUUCACUACAACUAAUCAAAUCAUGGAUUAUUAAUCUACGUGUGGUUUAAAGGAAUGCUACAUUUAAAAUGUUACUGUCCUGCAUUAAAAUAAAUUGCAGCCAUAAAAAAAUUUAAUCAACACAAAUACGAUCACCAACAGACAAUUUCGGAUGUCCUAGCAGCCAUUGAAAACCCUUGAGAUUGUUAAUGUCUUACAUUCAUAUAAUUGUGUAUAACCACUAUUACACUCGCUGGUAGCCUUUUUAGCUUCAAAGCACGAGAGAAGCACGUCUGAACCAAGGAGGUCUGAACAAGGUUUAUGUCGUACUUCCGCUUCCUGGUUCCAGUUUGCAGCAUUGUCCCUUUAAAUGAGACUCCGCCCACAAAUUGCUAACGUAUCCUGGCUGCCGUCUUAUCAGCGGGCAUUUGUACAACAACAAUGAACGUCUUUGGUGAUUUCAAUGAAAAAUACGUCAACAAUUUUGAAGCCGUAUUGCUUUUCAGUGGAAAUUGAUGCCGCGAGUCAGCCUUUGACACACUGUCACCGAAAAGAAGGAGCAAGGAGAAGCAAGCAAGCAGAGGAAUCCUCAGAGGAGUGAGCUGUGGGUGUGUCUGCAAUGGCAGGUGGAAGGCGAGGGGCAAACCGCACCACGUACUGCAGACCUCCACUAAGCAGUGAACCAGGCUCGGUUAGCAAUGGCAACCACUCCACCAGCUCCCCAGUCACUGGAGUACGCUCUCGUACAAGGAGUGGUACGGGAGCAUGCAUGUCCAGCCCUCCACUGGCUGCGCAGACAGUGGUGCCCUUGAAACACUGCAAGAUCCCUGAGUUGUCUGUGGAUCAGAACGUGUUGUUUGAACUCCACCUUUUCUUCUGCCACCUCAUUGCACUCUUUGUCCACUAUGUCAACAUCUACAAGACUGUAUGGUGGUACCCCCCAUCACAUCCUCCCUCACACACUUCACUGAACUUCCACCUGAUUGAUUAUAACAUGCUCGUGUUCACAAUCAUCAUACUGGCAAGGAGACUAAUUGCGGCAAUUGUUAAAGAGGCGUCACAGAGCGGGAAACUAUCGUUUCCUCAUUCAAUCUUCCUAGUGAUGGCGCGGUUUGCUGUGCUAACGUUGACCGGCUGGAGUCUGUGCCGCUCACUCAUUUAUCUCUUCAGAACUUACUCUGUGCUCAGCCUGCUCUUCCUCUGCUACCCGUUUGGCAUGUAUAUUCCGUUCUUUCGGUUGAGCUGUGACUUCCGGCGCACAGGUCCCCUCUCCCCCAUCGCCAGCAUCGGCUCGAAGGAGGUGGGCAGCGUCGGCCGGGGGCGGGACUACCUGACCGUGCUGAAGGAAACGUGGAAACAGCACACCAGCCAGCUGUACGCCGUUCAAGUCAUGCCAACCCACGCCUGCUGCCUCUCCCCGGACCUGAUCCGCAAAGAGGUGGAGUACCUGAAGAUGGACUUUAACUGGAGAAUGAAGGAGGUGCUGGUCAGCUCCAUGCUGAGUGCCUACUACGUGGCCUUUGUACCCGUCUGGUUUGUCAAGAGCACACAGUAUGUAGACAAACGCUGGUCUUGCGAGCUCUUCAUCCUGGUGUCGGUCAGCACGUCCGUCAUCCUAAUGAGGCACUUAUUACCACCUCGCUACUGCGACCUGCUCCACAAAGCCGCAGCGCAUCUCGGCUGCUGGCAGAAAGUUGACCCCUCUCUCUGUUCCAACGUCCUCCAGCACUUAUGGACAGAAGAAUACAUGUGGCCUCAUGGUGUUCUGGUCAAACAUAACAAGAAUGUCUACAAAGCCAUGGGCCACUACAACGUCGCGGUACCAUCAGAUGUGUCCCAUUAUCGCUUUUAUUUCUUUUUUAACAAGCCACUACGGAUACUAAACAUACUCAUCAUCCUGGAAGGGGCCAUGAUAUUCUACCAACUCUACUCAUUGAUAUGCUCAGAAAAGUGGCAUCAGACGAUAUCACUGGCACUGAUCCUCUUCAGUAACUACUAUGCCUUCUUCAAGCUUCUAAGAGACAGAAUUGUCUUAGGAAAGGCAUACUCUUACUCGAACAGUCCGUCAGACCAGAAAAUCAGUUAGAACUAAGUUAUUGUGGGUCGCUUUCAAGAAAAAGACGCUCAAGACCUUUGUAUUUUUUCUACAACUUGCAUUUUGUGUCAUGCUUUUGUUCUGAUCUGCCAUAAUAAAAAAUGAGAUAUUUUUGUAUUACUUCAA